AUGCUCAAGACAUCCAUAGCGCUCUUGCUAUUAUUGGCAUCCUCAUUUGGCUUCACACCAAUUGUGAGGAUGGCCACCAGAAGAAGCAGUAUGAUGGACAUGACACCAAAGAUACGCCAAACGCCGCAACUGUUCUAUGCCAAUAAUAGCACGGAAACUGCUGCUGCAAAAGACAAGCCUCCAACCGAUGAUCCGUCACUAGAAGCGGACGAACUCUACGUUCAAUUCAACAGUGUCGCUUCCCAAGAUGUGGUAGAUGCUGUUCUAGACGAAGAACAAGAAGACAAAGAACAAGAAGAACAAGAUAUCGAGAGUAACUUGGAUCAAGUCAAGAUCACUGACAGCAAGCAUCCUUACCGAGAUAAGACCAUGAAUGUCAUCUCAUCCGAACGAAAACUUCAGACAUGGUUGCACGCCCAACAUUUGGAUUCCUCUGAUGACUUUUAUCCCGAAGGAAUCCCCAUGGAUGUGGUCGUGGAACGACUGGGUGACACUUUGGAAGAUGUGGCCACGCACGUCCGCCGAAAGGGAUAUGAAAAUGGCAAGAUGAUCCUGACCAAAGAACAAGAAGAAUCCCGCAAGACGGUCGUCGUCUUGGGAAGUGGUUGGGGCGCCCAUGCAUUAAUGAAAGUGGCCGACUGCCAAAAGCUGCGCUUGAUUGUAGUCUCUCCCGUCAAUCACUUUGUCUUUACACCCAUGUUGGCAUCUUCGGCCGUUGGAACGGUCGAGUACCGAAGCAUGACCGAAGCCGUUCGGUCGGCCAAUCCAUUAAUGGACGACUAUUUGCAAGGUUCGGCAGUUGGUGUGGACGUUCGUAAGAAGACGGUUCAAGUCCAAAUGAAUUCGCUCUUGGGAGAUGUGACACAUGGCGAUCCGCCAACAUUGGAGGUCCCCUAUGACUACCUGGUAUGCUCAGUCGGCUGCAAGAUUAAUGAUUGGGGAGUGCCAGGAGCUGACAAGGCCUUGCGCCUGAAAACCUUGGACGAUGCUCGCAUUUUGCGACGAGACAUUGCCGAAUGCUUGGAAUUUGCCUCUCGCCCAGAUGUAGCUCCAGAAGAACGAACUCGCCGAGUCACCUUUUUGAUUGUGGGCGGUGGACCCACUGGUGUCGAAUUGGCAGGUGAGAUUUUGGAUUUGGCAGCCGACGUCACCAAGUUCAAGGGAUCCUAUCCACACUUGAAGGAUUCCAUUCGCGUAGUCAUUGCCCAGGGAGGUUCCGAUUUGGUGCCGCAAUUUGAACCCAAACUGCGAGAGGAAGCCAAAAAGUCACUCGAAGCCAAGGGUGCCGAAGUCUUGAUGAAUACUCGAGUCACUGAAGUAGGAGAUGGCUUUGCCAAAUUGAAAACCAAGGUCUUUGAUGCGGACGGCAAUGUGGUCGGUGGGGAAGAAUCCACCUUGCCAUUGGGACUGACCGCCUGGUGUGCUGGAACAGCACCCGUUCCAUUUGUGGAAACCUUGCUGGAACAACUGCCCCCCGAAGCCCGCAACCGCGAUGGCCGUGUCAAGGUGGACCAGUGGUUACGACCUCUCAUGCCAAGCGAAGAUUUGACGGGGUCCGUCUAUGUCAUUGGAGAUGCCGCAGCCUUUGCCGAUCAAGGAUUUGGUGCCAGUGCCGAUUCUCCCCUUCCACAGACGGCCCAAGUGGCAGGACAACAGGGUGCCUUUUUGGCACGACUCUUGGAUCGUGGUUACGAUGUGUCGGCCACACCUCCCAUGUUGCUGCCGGCAACAGCAGGGAACAGCAAUUCCACGGCCAUUGAUGUAUUUAAUGAUCCACAGAUGCGAGCCUGGUUGGAGUUGAGAGGAUUGGAUCAAGCUCCUGGAUUCAUCUUUUUGAAUCUUGGAAUCUUGGCGUACUUGGGUGGAGGAGAAGCAUUGAGUCAAGUGCAACUCGGUGAUUUCCCCCUCUUUUCCUACUUUGGCAGCGUUGCCUUUUUGCUUUGGCGAUCCGUCUAUCUCGUCAAGCAAGUUGCCACUCGAAACCGUGUUCUGGUCACUUUUGAUUGGAUGAAGAGCUUUGUCUUUGGUCGGGACAUGACGAGGUUCUAA